AUUGUCAAUAGCGGAAAAUUCGAUUUUUAAAUUCGAUAUUUCAAUUUAAAAAAUAAUGUUCGUACCAUAUGUCAAAAUUUGGAAACUAAUCUUUGAGUUUAUAGUCUCAUAUCAAGUCACUGUUAUUGAUUUAUUUAUAUAAUGUUUGAAACUUUUAAAUCUCUCCAAGAUCCGAUAUCAGUCUUUAGAUAUUCUGAUUUAAAGAAAAACAUUUCAUAUCAAAUGUCUAAAUCUGAGAAUCUAAUCUUUGAAUGUAUAGUCUAAACCCUCAUGAUUUUGCAGGUGAAGAGAAUUUUUGAAGGUUUGUUAUAGUUUUAAGAAGAUGGCGACACUAGCAGAUAUUGGAGUAGCAGCUGCGAUUAACAUUAUAACUGCUUUGAUAUUGCUUUUGCUAUUUGCAAUCUUGAGGAUCCAACCAUUCAAUGAUAGGGUUUAUUUCCCCAAGUGGUACUUGAAAGGUCUUAGAAGCAGCCCUCUUGUGAACCCUGGUGCUUUCGUGAGCAAAAUUGUGAACUUGGAUUUUCGUUCUUACAUUCGGUUCUUGAACUGGAUGCCCGCUGCGCUAAAGAUGCCAGAGUCUGAACUUAUUGAUCAUGCUGGUUUUGAUUCUGCUGUCUACUUGAGGAUUUACUUGAUUGGACUUAAGAUUUUUGUCCCAGUCGCAUUACUUUCAUGGUCGAUUCUGGUUCCCAUCAACUGGACAAGCAACGGCUUGCAGCUAGCAAAACUUCAUGAUGUAAAAUCAAGCAAUAUCGAUAAGCUUUCGAUAUCAAAUGUCGAGCGUGGAUCAGACAGGUUUUGGGCUCAUCUGAUGAUGGAGUACGCAUUUACAUUCUGGACUUGCUAUGUUCUAUUGAAGGAAUAUGAGAACAUAGCUUCAAUGCGGUUAGCAUUUCUCCAAUCCGAGGAGCGACGUGCGGAUGAAUUCACGGUUCUGGUUAGGAAUAUACCACCGGACUCACACGAGUUAGUUAGUGACAACGUGGAGCAAUUCUUUAUGGUUAACCACCCGGACCAUUAUCUUAUGAAUCAGGUGGUAUACGAUGCAAAUAAUUUGGCUGGACUAGUAGCAGAGAAGAAGAAAAUGCAGAACUGGUUUGAUUAUUACCAUUUGAAGUAUACAAGAGAAAAGGAACAAAGGCCAAGGGUAAAGUUAGGCUUUCUCGGGCUAUGGGGAAAGAAAGUAGAUGCAAUGGAUCAUUUCACAGCUGAGAUCGAUAAACUAAACGACCAAAUAUUGGAAGAAAGGAAUAGAGUGAAGAAAGAUGAGAAAGGUAUGAUGCCAGCAGCUUUUGUCUUGUUUAAAACGCGUUGGGGAGCUGCAGUUUGCGCGCAGACUCAACAGACAAAGAAUCCAACCGCGUGGUUAACCGAAUGGGCUCCCGAGGCAAGAGAAGUGUAUUGGCCAAACCUUGCCAUCCCUUACGUGUCUCUCACGGUAAGGAGACUUGUAAUGCACGUUUCCUUCUUCUUCCUCACUUUCUUCUUCAUCAUCCCAAUCGCAUUUGUACAAUCCCUCGCAAGUAUCGAAGGUAUCAAAAAAUCUGCUCCAUUCCUAAAUCCCCUCGUCGAAAAGAAGUUUAUUAAAUCGGUGAUCCAAGGUUUUCUUCCGGGUAUCUUCUUGAAGCUCUUUUUGUUAUUUCUGCCAACGAUUUUAAUGAUCAUGUCAAAAUUCGAAGGGUUUGUUUCGAUCUCAUCGUUAGAGAGAAGAGCGGCUUUCAGAUAUUAUCUAUUCAACCUUGUGAAUGUUUUCCUCGGUAGCAUAAUCACCGGAUCUGCAUUUGAACAGCUAAAUUCUUUCCUAAAACAAUCUGCGGAUCAGAUUCCAAGGACGGUUGGAGUGGCGAUUCCGAUAAAAGCAACAUUCUUUAUAACAUAUAUAAUGGUUGACGGUUGGGCAGGUGUGGCAGGAGAGAUUCUUAGGCUUAAAGCAUUUAUCAUUUUUCAUUUGAAGAACUUGUUCUUGGUGAAAACCGAAAAAGAUAGAGAAGAAGCAAUGGAUCCAGGACAGAUUGAUUUCUAUGUAAACGAGCCUCGGAUUCAACUCUACUUCCUCCUCGGCCUUGUCUACGCUCCUGUCACACCUGUUCUACUUCCUUUCAUCAUCUUCUUCUUUGGGUUUGCUUACCUCAUCUUCCGUCAUCAGAUCAUAAAUGUGUAUAAUCAAAAGUAUGAGAGCGCGGCUGCGUAUUGGCCAGACGUACAUGGACGUAUAAUAUCGGCAUUGAUAAUUUCACAAUUACUUUUGAUUGGUUUAAUGAGCACAAAAGGAAAAGCUCAGUCCACGCCUUUCCUCGUCGUUCUACCGAUUCUCACCUUCUGUUUUCACCGGUUUUGCAAAGACCGCUACGAAUCAGUAUUUGUCAUCAACCCUUUGCAGGAAGCUAUGAUUAAGGAUUCAAUGGAACGAGCAAGAGAACCGAACUUGAAUCUGAAAAGGUUUCUUAAAAACGCAUAUAUUCAUCCAGUUUUUAAAGACAAAGAGUACGAAGAUGACCUGCAUGAGGAAUUAAUCGAGGAUUCGGACGACGAAAAUUGUGUAGUUGUACCGACCAAACAUCAGUCUCAAUUACACCAAAAAAACAUCUCUCAAAGAAACACUGUGAUGAGCAGCAAUGCGAAUAAUGUCCCGUCACAACCAGUAUCUUCUAAUCGACUUGACUCAGGUACAGUGGCGGAGCCACCUUCACAUAACCAGAGCCUUGAUGUAUGAGUAAAUCACAACGAGUAAAUCACAACCCAUGUUAUAUUCAGUAUAGAAGAAAAAAACCAAUGCGUAGAAAUCUUUUUUUUUGUUUGUAUUGUUGUGGACGGUUUUGUAUGUUUGUCAUUGUUUUGUUUGCCUUUGUUGUCAUUACCAAUACAUGAUUGUAUAAAACAAAUUUGACCAAUUUUUUGAAAAAAAUCUCUUCCCAUGA